AUGCCCGGUUUAAAUAUUUCUUCCUGCUCCUCCCCUUUCUUUCUAAGCUUUCUUAGUCUGCUUCUAUCUGCCAAACUGUGUCUAUUUAUGUCUACCGCUGUAUCUCUCUUUAUCUAUCUAUCUGUCUGCUAUUCUCUCUUUUUCUUUUCUCCUCUUUGUGUAUUUUCUAUUACUCUUUCCCUUCUUCUUCUUCUUCUUCUUCUUCUUCUUAUCUCCCUAAUCCACCUUCUGUUUAAUUCACUAUCAUUUUCUCUCUCUCUCUCUCUCUCUCUGUCAAUCUGUAUCUCUUUCCAUUCCUUCUCCACUUCUCUCUUUCUUUCUUUAUCUAUCUAUCUAUCUAUCUAUCUAUCUAUCUAUCUAUCUAUCUAUCUAUCAUCAUCAUACAAUUAUGACUUUCUCUCUCUUCUUGUCUUUCUCACACUCUCUCUUUCUUACUCCCUCUCUCUCUCUCUCUCUAUUCUUGACUCCUAUGCUCCUAUCUGCCAAACUGGAUUUAUUUCUGCCUGCAGCUCCAUCUUGUUUUUUUUUAUAUCUCUCUAUCUGUCAUUGCCCUCUCUAUUUUUUCUUUGGUUUCCUUUUUCUACAUUUUUUAUUCUCCUUUUUACUCCCGAUCUUUCCCUCUUUCUAACUCUCUCUCUCUCUCUCUCUCUCUCACUUUUUCUUUUUCUUUCUUAUUCCUUGUCUCUCUCUCUUGAAGUUUUGAUUUUUUUUCAAUUAUAUAAGACAGACAGUCUGUCUCUUUUAGUCUAUCCGACUGUCUUCCUCUCUCUAUUACUCCUUCUCCCUUUCCGUCUCCAUUUCUACUCACUUUUACUCUCUCUCUCUCUCCCUCCAUCUAUCUAUCUAUCUAUCUAUCUAUCUAUCUAUCUAUCUAUCUAUCUAUCUAUCUAUCUCUCUCUCUCUCUCUCUCUCUCUCUAUAUAUAUAUAUAUAUAUAUAUAUAUAUAUAUAUAUAUAUAUAUAG